AUGUCGCCCCCUCCUCGUCACCAGGGCUUUGCCUGGGUCGCUCUCCUCUCGCUCGUCGCCACCGCCAUCCUCGCCGCCACCACCGCGUCGGCCUUCCCCACCAACUUCGACGCGUCGGCCGACGACGUCCUCGCCGCCCGCGCCGCCGUCGAGCCCGCCGCCCUGUGGGAGCGCGACGACAGCGACAGCAAGCACGGCCAGCACGGCGGCAGUUCGAGCGGCAAGUACGCGCAGUUCAAGAAGCCCGACUACUCGAAGCGCGGCCUGGACAAGCUCUGGGCGCUGCUCGAGGAUGCCCGGCCGGUCGAAAAGGCCCACGUCACCACGGUGCAGCCGCGGCCCUCGCAGGACGACAUCGCCGUGCCGCCCAGCCCGAGCAACCUCCUCGGCCUGUCGGACGCGUCGCAGUGGCCCGUGACCGACCCGGCGGUCAACAAGGCGCGCAAGUACAAGCUGCCCAAGGACUUCAAGUACGGCGUCGCCUCGGCCGCCUUCCAGGUCGAGGGAGCCGCAAAGGCCGACGGCAAGGGCCCCUCGCAGUGGGACUUUUGCGGCCACGUGACAAAGGGCUGCAUCGCCAACAACCAGACGGGCGACGUGACCGACAACCACUACUACAAGUUCAAGGAGGACAUGGCGCGCAUCGUCAAGAUGGGCGUCGACUCCUACUCGUUCUCGUUUGCCUGGUCGCGCAUCCUGCCGUUUGGCAACGGGCCCGUCAACCAGCCGGGACUCGAGCACUACGACGAGGUCAUCGACGAGGCCAUCGACCAGGGCCUCGAGCCCGUGGGGACCCUCUAUCACUGGGACUUUCCGCUGUCGCUCGAGUUCCAGUACGGCUCGUGGCGCGACGAGAGGAUGGUCGACGACUUUGUCCACUACGCCGCCACGGUGCUCCGGCGGUACGGCGACCGGGUCCGGACGUGGUUCACCUUCAACGAGCCCAACAACGUGUGCGGGCCGUACCUGAGCGGCUUCCCGCUCAACACGACCUACGACGGCGAGCUCGACGGCGCCCAGGCCUACUUUCACUGCGCGCGCAACCUCCUCCGCGCCCACGGCAAGGUCUACCGGCUGUACGAGGAGAUGCAGCGCAACGGCACGCUGCCAAAGGGGCAGAUGUCGAUGAAGAACGACAACUCGAUCGCCCUGCCGCACCGGCCGGGCAACGCCGAAGACAUCCGCGCCGCCAAGCGCCACGACGCCGUGCUCCUGGGCCUGUGGAGCGACCCGGUGUACAGCACGGGCGAGUGGCCGGCGAUCCUGCGCGAGACGAUCCCCACGUCGAUCCUGCCCGACCUGACCGACGAGGACCGGAAGCUCAUCCGGGGCACGGCCGACUUUUACGCCAUCGACCUCUACAGCGUCCGCGUCGCGCGCGCCACGCGCGCCCCGGGCGGGCUGGCGGCGUGCGAGCGCAACUCGUCGCACCCGGACUGGCCGCAGUGCGUGUCGAGCCUUCCGCCCGACUACCAGACCAUCUCGACCGACGACACCAAGGUGGGCGGGUGGCCGCUGGGCGAGCAGGCCGACGCCAAGGCGCCCUGGCUGUACAACUCGGCGGGCCUCGUGCGCAACUUUCUGCGCCAGAUCAAGGAGACGUGGAGCGGCGACAUGAAAAUCUACCUGAGCGAGGUCGGCUUCGCCGAGCCCCACGAAAACGACAAGCAGUACCUCGAGCAGAUCCGCCUCGACUCGGCGCGCACCCGCUACGCCCUCGACCAGCUCGACGAGUACGUCCUCGCCAUCCACGAGGACGGCGCCAACCUCGGCGGCGUCUUCUUCUGGUCCAUCAUGGACAACCUCGAGUGGAACCUCGGCCUCAACACGCGAUUUGGUCUCCAGUACGUCAACUACACCUCGCCCGGCCUCGACCGCGAGUACAAGCAGUCGUUCCUGCGCAUCCGGGACUACAUGAAGCAGAACCGGGAGCAGUAG